AUGGCUUUUACACAGAAUAAAAAAGGUCCUAAGAUCUUGAAUCUUGUCGCACCGUUCAACUGGAUCUGCGCUGGCCUAGGUGCUGCGAGUAUCAUUUUUGUUAGUCUCGUCGGCGAAAAGGCAGACCAAGACGAGAAACUCUUAUUUGUCGCAGGAGUUACCUUUCUUGCAGGUACAAUCGUACUCUCAGCGGUUUUACCGGUACUUUUCACACUAUUGAACUUCACAUAUCCACGCAACAUAUAUGAAUACGAUGAGCAUGGCACCAAGCUGUCCGAAAAGUUUCCGAAUCUCCUCUGGACACUACCGGUUAUGAUGACCUUAUAUGUCCUACAAUUCCUCGCCGGUAUAAUUCUUUGGUUCAAAUCAAAGUAUCAGGACUGGUCUAUCGUCGUUAUCGUUGUAGAGCUGUUCGCCAUGUUAGGGCUUAUGAUGGUGGUCGCAAUAAAAGCAUGGAGGAGCACCAUGUAG